AAGUGUGAUGUAUGUGCGUGAGUGUGUCUCUGCAACACAACACCAUGUGUUAAUGUUGUGCACAGUACACACAACAUAACAUAAAUCAUAGUAAAUGCUUUUUUUUCUUUCUUUUUUCGCCAUUGCAUUAGAUUACAUUACAGAGAAAAAGAAAGAGAGUAGUAGUAGGUGGUAGGAGGUGUAGUUAAUAGGAAUAGCUUCUUGUUGAGAGAGAGAGAGACUGUGUGUGGCACUCACUGCUCUUUCAUCCUUCUCGUGAUUAUCAUUUCAACCUUUUCUGUUUUCUCUUUCCUCACUCUCACUCACCCCUUUUGCUUUUCCUUCUCUCUCUGUGUCUGUCUCUUUCAAGUUCAAACCUCAAACCCUAGCCGUAGCCUUUUCAAUCUUUCAUGCUCCUUCUCGGUGAGUUACUUUGCAUAUGUUACGGUUUUUGGGGUCUUUCAAUUCUCCUUCACGCCGCGCUUUCUGGGCUUCUGGGGCUAUUUCAGGUUUGGUGUUAUAAUCAUUAAAGAGAUUCAAGGCAACCAAUUGAUUUGGUGGAGAACUAUGACUGAAGAGAAAUCUGGAGGAUGCCCUUUGCGGUUUUUUACUUCUGUGCAGUCCUCUGUGGCUCGUCUUUAAAAUUGGGCUAAAGCUGAGUUUCCUGUUUUUUGUUCAUCAAUUUUUAAAAUACAUCUAUCAAAUAUGGAUACCUCUGGUAAUACAUGUGAGAUAGUGGAAUCAAGGGAAGAGAUAAUUUCUGAAUUCAAAAUGGAUGAAAAGCCUGAGAGUAGUUGUGCUCACAAAUCAGGAAAGAAGUAUUCGAUUGAGGAUGAUAUUAAUCAGCUUUUUCAGGCUAUUGAAAUUAAAAGCUCAUCUAGAAGUCGUAGUUCAUCACGUUUACAAAAGAGUGCUCUUAAAAGGCCAAUAAAAGUUACUUCAUCUCAGGCAUCAGGAAUUGGCAUCUCAGAGCCUGUAAGUUUAAAGCAGGCACUUAGAGGGUUGUGCAUCUCUCAGGCCUCAGAAAUGGCUGCUUUGAAGAGACUGACUAAGCCAUGCAGUUCAUCUAGAGUAUCAGAGGCGGGCACCAUCAAAAGGUUGUACACGGCAGUGGUAGAUGAGGGGAAAGGGAACUUGGUUGAAAUUUCUCUUGUGCCAGAGAUAUCUGCACCUUCUGAUAAAUUGUCCGGUGUAACUAUAUCAAGUUCAAGUGAUAAUCAUGCUAGUCCUUUGGUUGAUGCGACAAAACCAAAAGAAAUGAUAACUGGGUUUGCAUCCCAAUAUCAGAUUGUUCCUCUACCAUUAGAGGUUGAGGGUGAGGAAUUAAUCACGGGAACUGGAAAACCAAUACUUGCAAAUUUGUCACCAGUUGCCUCUGCAAGUGAAGAAGUGCCAGAGGCCAGAAUGCAUCAUGCUUCCUCAAGCAAAGCUUCUCUUGGUUCUUCAUUGCCAGAUAAGGGGCAUGAAGCAAAUUUACCUUCUGCAUCUUGUCCUCCUAGCUCUAGCACUGGUAAUGGAGCGGAUAAAUCCACAAGCAGUAAUACAUGUUUGUCAAAGCCAAUAUUCAAUAACUUGAACUUCCUUAAGAAAAAAGUAAAGCAAGAUUUAAGUUCUGCCUCUAGUUGCUCUACUCCUUGUACAAGUAAUUUGGACAAGGAGGGUGGCAAUUCUGAUUUGAAGCAUGAUGUGAAAGACAAUGAGAAACAGUCGCCUAGCAGUUCAAAUCAUAGCAUUGAAGUUAACUCAAUUAAUGGUGGUACAGAUUCAAGCAAAUCUGGUUUCAGCUUGAAUUGCAAUAAGAGAACUAAGUUUCUGGUGACAAAAGUUGAUGAGAAAUCAAGAUCAAAGGAAAAGGGCGAGUACUCUCAAAGCUCAAAAAGUAGCAUUGGUGAAUAUAGUAGUAGCACAAGCAUCAGUGAGGAAAGCAGUCUAAGUGGUUCCAGUCGCGGUGGCCACAGGCCUCACAUGUCAAAACACUUGAGAUGGGAAGCUGUUCGUGCUGUUCAGCAGCAACAUGGUAGUUUAAAUUUGAAGCACUUUAAGCUGCUAAGGAGGCUUGGUAGUGGGGACAUUGGAACUGUUUAUCUUGCAGAACUAAUUGGUACCAGCUGCCUUUUUGCACUCAAAGUGAUGGACAGUGAAUUUUUGGCAAGUCGGAAGAAAAUGUUCAGGGCCCAAACUGAAAGAGAGAUCCUUCAGAUGCUGGACCAUCCAUUUCUUCCUACACUUUAUUCCCAUAUUGCAACAGAUAAGCUCUCUUGCUUGGUUAUGGAGUAUUGUCCAGGCGGAGAUCUGCAUGUGCUGCGACAGAGGCAACCAUACAAGAGUUUCUCGGAACAAGCAACUAGGUUUUAUGUUGCUGAGGUUCUUCUUGCCCUGGAGUAUUUGCACAUGCUGGGAGUUGUAUAUCGAGACCUAAAGCCAGAAAAUAUCCUAGUACGAGAAGAUGGACACAUUAUGCUGACAGAUUUUGACUUGUCACUCAGGUGUUCUGUCAAUCCAAUGUUAGUCAAGUCAUCUUCACCUGACACAGAGAAAACAUCCAGUCCCUGUUCUGAGGCUAGUUGCAUACACCCUUUCUGUCUCCAACCAGAUUGGCAAGUUUCCUGCUUUACUCCCAUUCUGUUAUCUGCCGGAAUGAAAUCUCGGAAGAUGAAGGCUGACAUAGCUUCUCAUGUUGGUCCUCUGCCACAGCUUGUGGUGGAGCCUACCAGUGCACGGUCUAACUCCUUUGUUGGAACCUAUGAAUAUCUUGCUCCGGAGAUCAUCAAAGGUGAGGGUCAUGGGAGUGCUGUAGAUUGGUGGACUUUUGGUAUAUUUUUGUUUGAGCUUUUAUAUGGUAAGACUCCCUUCAAGGGCCAAUCAAAUGAGGACACAUUAGCCAAUGUUGUUUCACAAAGCCUUAAGUUCCCGGGUACUCCAAUAGUCAGUUUCCAUGCAAGAGAUUUGAUCAGAGGAUUGCUGAUAAAGGAUCCUGAAAAUCGAUUAGGUUCUGUAAAAGGUGCUGCUGAAAUAAAGCAGCACCCUUUCUUUGAAGGCCUCAACUGGGCUCUAAUACGGUGUGCAGCUCCACCAGAACUCCCCAAGUUCCGGGAUUUUGGAAGUACAGCGCCAUCUGUGGCUGCAAAUAAGGAGAAUGCAAAUGAUUUAGAGGAUAUAGAAGACUGUGAAGAGUUUGAGCUGUUUUAGUUAGAGUCAUCUUCUCUGCCCUUUCCAACCCCGUUUUCUUUUUCAUUUCUUCUUAUGAGGGGUACGAAUUUGAAUUGAAGUUGACUUGGUUUCAAAACUCAUACUCAUCCAUAUAACACUUAGUAUAGCUUAUAGCAUAAAUGUAAUCCAAACCUCGUGACAAAUAGAUAGAUUAGUAUAUGUUUAUACUGUACUAGAAGUUGCAAAUCAAUAAAGGAAACAUGAGAUUUCAUUGGUUUGUCUGCUGGCAAUUUUAGCCUCUAUAUGAUAUUAUCAAUGGAUUUUUCUUUCCCUU